CGGCGGGAUGGACCAUUUUAUGCCAAUAAUCUACUGGCACGAUCGAAAAGGCCUCCUCUCGGUCGAUCUUCAUCACGAGACGCGCAACGGGAAGUACAGAUUAGCCACCGCAAGUGUACAGAAAGAAGUUAGAGUCAGAGUAUGGGAAUUCGAGUUCGAAAUGGGCCUUGACCCGAAAACUCAGGAGAAUAAGCCUCAACUAACCGUCGGAUUCCUCGCCAACCUCGUCUUUCACAAUCACGCUAUUAAUCAAGUUAAAUUCAGUCCCAGUAAAGAACACGAACUCCUCGCCUCUGGAGAUUGUGAGGGGCGGAUCACAAUCUGGAAGCUUAGCGAUCAGCCGGUGCCUCCGCCACAAGACGAAAUGCCGUCGAAUAAGGAGAAUUGGAUCCGAUAUAAAGUUCUCAACCACAAUAGCGACGUUAAUGCUCUCUGCUGGGAUCCAUCGGGCACUCAGUUGGCGUCAGUGUCCAACGAUCACACGCUGGCGGUCCACGACGCUUUGACAGGAAAACGUCUAUUCGUCGCCAGCAAUUUCCGCAGUCCAAAUGGCGUAUGCUGGGAUCCGAGCGGAAAAUACAUCGCCACAAUGUCCCCCGACAGAAAAAUGGAUUUAAUCGACGCGGUCCGUGGCGCCCGUCUGAAACACUUCUCCUCCGCACUCCUUCCCUCAAUGACUAUCCCGUCGGCUAACGGUGAUCUACAUUUGGAGACGAAAAUUCACAAACUCUUCCACGACGAUCAGCUAUUCAGCUUCCAGCGAGCCCUGGGAUUCUCGCCAAACGGGGAGUUUAUCGCUGCGCCGUGUGCUCAUUUGGAGCUGGGAUCGUCGGAUUUAUAUGGAACCUACUUUUUCAGAAGGGAAGAUCUUGGAGUGAAAGAAGCUCCCUACACAUUCUAUCCGGCUCCAAGACCUACAUUCCUCGUGAAAUUCUCGCCAGUCACGUUCUCACUUCUUCCAUCCACCAAAGAAAAUCACCUUGGACUUCCUUAUCGCCUCCUGUGGAUCGCGUUAAACAAGGAUGCAAUUUAUUUCUACGACAGUCAGCACAGUUAUCCCGUCGCUGUUGUCGAUAAUAUACACCUGAACGCGCUGACGGAUGCGUCGUUCAGCCACGAUGGACGUGUGCUCGUCGUUUCGUCGCUCGAAGGCUUCUGCAGCUUUGUGAAGAUAAAUUUGACACAAUGGGGCGAAGUCAUGACUGAAAUUGUUCCAGUUUGUGGGUCACCGAAUUUGAUCGAGGAGAAGAAGCAAAAGAAGCGGAAGUCAACUGUUGCGGUGGUUAUAGAGAAGGAGAAGGAAAAGGAGGAAGAUGCUGCAAAGUCUCCGAUGAGAAAACCGUCUGAAACGCCGAAAGUGUCUACUCCGAAAGCUGCUGGAACUCCUUUGACUAAAUUCUUCAAGAAAGAGAACAAUACGGAAUCUCCUACGCCCCCGGUCAAAAAGCGAAUUCAACUGGUCACACUCGAUAACUAAUUUUUUUUGAAUUUUUAAAACUCCUUGAUGAUUAUGAUGGCUGAAUAAAUAUAUAUAAACUG